AUAGCGGCUGGCAGCACGAGGGCGCCGGGGACUGCGUCGCUGUGCGCAUGCAGAAGAUGCAAGUGUCAGGUGCUGACGAGGCUGGCCGCAGCAGUGUCGCUGCGUCGGUGGGGUGUGGCUUCACCCGCGGCAGGCGGCUGCUGGCCCCAGAGGCCGUCAUCCGGACCAGGCCCGACAACCUCAACUCCAAACUGGGCACGUCAGGUCAGCCGAUACGUCUGACCGCCAACUACUUCAUGCUGGAGACCAGACCUGAUUGGGUGUUGUAUCAGUACCGCGUGGAUUUCUCUCCGGACGAAGAUCUCACCGUCAUCCGCAAGGGCCUGCUCAGAGACCACAAGGCAAAGUUCGGGGGCUACUUGUUCGACGGCACCAUGCUGUUCACCACACUGCGACUCAACCCUGACCCCAUGGAGGUGUUCUCCAAGAGGGAAGGCACGGAUGCCCAGGUGCGCAUCACCAUCCGCCUGGUGGGGGAAGUGGACAGCACGGACUACCAGUACCUGCAGGUGUUCAACAUCCUGAUGAGGAAGUGUCUGCGUGCCCUCAAGCUGCAGCUGGUGGGGCGUAACUACUUCGACGCCCAGGCCAAGGUGGCGGUGAACGAGUACAAGCUGGAGCUGUGGCCGGGAUACGUGACCAGCAUCCGGCAGCACGAGCAGAGCAUCCUGAUGUGCGCGGAGAUCACGCACAAGGUCAUGCGGCAGGACACGGCCCUGGGCCUGCUGCAGGAGUGCCUCGCCAGGAGCAACCGCGAGUACAAGGAACUAUUCAUGAAAGCCAUCACGGGCAGCAUCGUGCUGACGGACUACAACAACCGCACGUACCGGAUAGACGAUGUGGACUGGCAGGCCACCCCCGCCACGCCCUUCGAGUACGGCCAGGGACAGCAGAUAACCUUCAUGGACUACUACAAGCAGAAGUACAACAUCAGGAUCACAGAGCCCACCCAGCCGCUGCUGGUGUCGCGCGCCAAGAUGCGCGAGCGCCGCGCGGGCAUGAGCGAGACCAUCCAGCUGGUGCCGGAGCUGUGCCGCCUGACGGGGCUCACGGACGACAUGCGCGGCAACUUCCACCUGAUGAGGGCGCUGGCGGAGCACACGCGCAUCGGCCCCGAGGCGCGCAUCGAGAAGCUGCUGGUGUUCAGCCGCCGCCUGCUCAACGAGGAGAGCGUGCGCAGCGACUUCAAGGAGUGGAACAUGACCCUGUCGAACCGACUGGUGGAGUUCAACGGCCGAGUGCUGCCCCCGGAGCGCAUCAUCCUGGGCAAGGACCGCGGCCAGGAUGUCAAGUGCGAGGUGGGGCAGGACGCGGACUGGACCCGGAACCUCAGGAGCAACUCCAUGUGCGCCAUGGUGGAGCUGAGCAACUGGGUGCUGGUGGCUCCGAGCAAGUUCCGUCGGGACGCCCAGGGCUUCGCCCAGACCCUGCAGAAGGCAGCCGCCGGGAUGCGCUUCAUGGUCGCCACCCCCCAGAUCUACGACCUGGACGACUACCGGACGGCCUCGUACACACAGGCGCUGGACCAGAUCACGGCCAGCAAGCGCCCGCAGAUCAUCAUGGUGGUGGUGCCCAACAACCGCGUGGACCUGUACGGGGCCAUCAAGAAGAAGUGUGCGGUGGAGCGAGCCAUCCCCACGCAGGUGAUCCUGGCCAAGAACCUGGCCAGCAAGGGAGUCAUGUCCAUCGCGACCAAGGUGGCCAUCCAGCUCAACUGCAAGAUCGGCGGCUUCCCCUGGACCGUCGAGAUACCCCUCAACGGCCUGAUGGUGAUUGGCUACGACGUGUGCCACGACACGGGCUCCAAGGGCAAGAGCUACGGGGCGCUGGUGGCCUCCCUCGACAAGACCUUCGGCAGGUACUUCUCCACGGUGUCGGCCCACACCAGCGGGGAGGAGCUGUCCGCCCACCUGGCCGUCAACAUCACAAAGGCCCUUCACAAGUACAAGGCCGUGAAUCAAGCUUUGCCAUCGCGUAUUGUCAUCUACAGAGAUGGAGUUGGGGAAGGUCAGCUCCCGUAUGUCGCCCGCAAUGAAGUGAACAUCCUCCGGAAGCACCUGGCCAGCGUGUACGGAGACACCCCCGUGAUGCUGUGCGUGAUCGUGGUCACCAAGAGGAUCAACACGCGCCUGUUCUCCAGGGGGGGCAACCCCCCGCCGGGCACCGUGGCCGACGAUGUGGUCACCAACCCGGAGAAGUACGACUUCUUCCUGGUGUCCCAGUCGGUGCGCCAGGGCACGGUCAGCCCCACCUCCUACAACGUCAUCUUCGACACCCUGGGGCUGCCCCCGGACCGCCUGCAGCGGCUCACCUACAAGUUCUGCCACCUGUACUUCAACUGGAGCGGCACCGUGCGAGUGCCGGCGCCGUGCCAGUACGCCCACAAGCUGGCGUUCCUGGUGGGACAGGCGCUGCACCGCCCGCCCCACUCCCAGCUCGAGGACUUCCUCUACUUCUUGUGAGUGUUCUGAAGACUGGUCCAGUUCCCAUGCACAUUACCACUUCGACACUGAUGUUAAUGGUAGCUUUGGAAAUAAUUUUUCAUAAUUGACUGUUUCUCAUUGUGAACUUUGUAAAAACUAGCAAAAAAAAGUGGAUGGGGGCAGCUUAUGUACAAUACUUUGUGCAGAUUAUUUUUUUUUCUUCACUCAUGUUAGUGGUUUUUACAAAUGAUACUCUACAAGGGCAAAGAUUUUGUGGUAUUGUUUUGAGGAUCUGGUGGUUCAAGAAAUUUAAAUUUUUAGUAGUAAUGCAAAUUUGUGCAUUUAUUAUUACUUACAUUGUUUGUAGUUUAAAAUAAGUGCAUGAUUUGUGUUUAGCAUUUUUUUAACUGUAAAAUACUUAAGGGAUUUUACAUUGCAGAAAAGUUGUAAAAAUGGUUGUAUAUCUGUGAAGAAUGUUGUGUACUUAAGUUUAGUAAAAAAAUUUUUUUAUUAAUAUUAUAGUUAGCACCACUAGUUGCUGACCUAAAAUAAUGUAUGUAAUUUGUACUGUCUACUCACAAGUCUGUUAAAACAUAUUUGCACUUAAAAUUGUAUGCCUUAAAAAUUUCCAACUAGAUUCUUUUUUUUUUUAAUUUCGUAAUACCUAUUAUUCAAGUAAAAAUCCAUUGCAGCUUAAAUAUCAAAAUUUUUCAUGUGUAAAACGGGAGUAGCCACUCUGAGUUUCAAAUAAGUUGCAUGAUAGUGCCUGCCUUUUCCCAGUGCUGCAUUUCUGUUGUAAAAAACAUUGUUCACAAAUAAGUUGCCUAAACGCGAGAAUUUCCUUAUAUUAAUUUUAAAAGGUAUCCUAAAAAGUUGUAUUAUAAGUACGUAGUGUGUUUUGGUCUUUACUUUCUUGUAAGGAAUCGCCUGCUAUGGAUUGUCUAUGUUUGGAAAUGUGUAUGUAAACUUCAAAUUGUACAAAUUUUUAAAAUUUUUUUAAUAUUCUGAAAUAACGACAAUUUGUAAUAACAAAUAUAUUUUUUUCACAGUCAAUAAAUAACUAAAAACAUUUUUAAAAAAUAAUAAAAAAACCAGUUUGGUGGAGUGGAAGGUCACUUGUUGAACACUAGUGAUGCUGAUGCUACGUCGUGCAGUGAUCACCACAUGGUGUGUCGUACCCAAGAAAUUUCGCCUCGUGCUAAACAGUUGAAUGAAGCCCCUACUACCGCCAGUGUUUUUGUGUGUGGGGUUAAAAAAUUUUUUCCCCUUCAAGAACAUAGUUGAACAAAACUAGCCAUAUCCACAAUAUUAAAAUAGUUUUAUUAAACUUUCCUUUACCUUCAGAUCUGUAUGUCUAAACACAAAAAAAAAUGUCUUUUCAGAACCAUCCAUAUCUUAAAUGCAAUCUCUCUCAAUUAGAGCUGGGCCGAUCACCUAUUUUGCCGAUCAUGCCGAUGCCGAUCAUCUGUUGCCGAUCUUGCCGAUCUUCUGAGCCGAUUAGAGCCUUUCAAGUACCUCUGAUUACACGUUGCUUUUGACGGAUCACUAUAAACGGUGAAAUAUUCCCAGACAAAACUACUUUUCAUUGACAUGAUUACUUAAAAAUCACGACAUAAUAAAUUUCACGGACUAGCGAUUAUACAGGUAAGCCCGGAAGGUCUUGUCAAGCUUCUCAGACACCAGCGUGCAGCUGGGUUAAGGCCAAGGUCAUGUGACGUAACAUCUCCCAAGGCUUACUGCGCCUUGGCAGCAGAUGGAUAAAAAUAGUACUCCCCAUUAUUUGUGUUCAUUGGGACCCGCCGAUGCCCGGAUAAUUGAAAUUCUGUAAAAAUAAAUAAAUAAAUAAACCCGGAUAAUCGGUUAACGGUAAGGGCCGCCUUCGAAUUGUUGUCUCGGCUUAAAAAAUUACGGCAUUGCCUAGCCAUUAGUUCACGGUCAUUUACAACAGCCGAAGAGAGAAAGAUAAGAUCGUGCUGACCUUGUACACAUAAAUUUUGGGUAGCUCCCCACCCCCCUCCUCCCCAUCGACCAGCCGAAUGCCAGCCAGACACGUCACUCGCCAGGCGCCUGCCGUGCGUUGGCGGGCGGAAAGUAACUCAGCAGCACGUGAAACAACAUUCAAACAAACGGGAGACGGGAAGCAGAAGUCAGGACAUCCCCCUCAAGUUUAAAGAGUGACAAAUGUGACAGCUGAAAAGGGGGGGGGGGGGGGGGGUGACACAAAGGGUCGGUACAAACAGCGUUGCAGAGUUUGGCGGCCCACGCGAUGGCUUGCAGUGUUUGCCGGCCGCCGGCCAGCGUGACGUUAAUUUUAAGCGCUGACAAUUUUAGCUUCUCUUUUUUUUCUGCACUUUUAAAUCGUCCCGGAUUAUCCGAUUCCCGUAUUAGCGCGUCACAGGUUCUACUGUGGGAAACAAAACUCUACAUCAACCAGGUUUUUAUACAAAAAAAAAGUUAAGCUCUAUUUCCCGCUAAACAGUAUAAGAAUAUUAAUUUCGCUAAACAAAACUUUCAAUAGGCCAUAUUUAGCGAGAAAAAACUAAAUAGAUGAAUUCCCGAAGAGUAGUUGUUUACUAACCACGAGACUACUAGCGCCAUUAAUCCUACGAAUUCCGUCGCGUGACGCGCGUCACUCUAAUCUCUGGCGUCAUAUAACCAACCUAAACAACAGUCGCCACUCGCCAUUCCGGUAAUAUUAACCGUAAAUGGUAAACAAAUACAUAGUUUUCGGUUCGUAAAUGAUAAAUAACUUUACAAAUAGUAUAAUGGAAAAUUAUUUUACCGAAAGUACCGUAAAUAUACGUGGAAAUUGAUACUUAGGUAUGUAACUGUUCAAUGUUUAUAAAACUUACGGUAUUUGUUUACUUUAUUGGUAUUUUUUUUUUUUCGUGUGUGGUUAGUUUUAAAUUAUUGAAUCCUAUCAUUUUUCGAUGAGUAAUCAAAUUUUCUUCCCGAAAAGUACUGUAAACAAACAUGGAAAGUUGUUAGGUAUAGGUAAUUAUUCAAUGUUAUAAGUUUGCAUUAGGAGACCAAUGAUUGGCUCAAAUAAUCGGCUACGUUUUGCCGAUCAUUAUGAUCGGCAAAAUUAACAAAAUCGGCCGAUUAUUACGAUCGGGGAUCGGCAUCGGCCCAGCUCUACUCUCAAUGGCUAUGUAUAUCUUUGAUUUUUUUUUGCUCAAAUCUUCAUUUCAACAAAAAAAAUCACUUCCAAAACUUUUUAUAGCUGUAGUUUUCUAUGGAAACUAUCUUUAUCCUGACUAAUUUCAGCUUUAAAACAAGAAUCAAUUGUGAGAAUUAUUUUGUUUGCAAAAACAGGUUUUCAAUAAUAACAGUAGGUAACAAACGAUACAAUUACUGUUACUUAUUUGUACAAAAGUUAUGGAUUUUUUUUUCUUUCCUAUUUCCGUGGAUAAGGACGGUUUUGUAAUUCAUGGAUAUGUAUAUACAUAUUAGUGAUGAGAUGGUCCCGGUUCUCGGUUCCGUCGUCGGUUCUCGGCAAAUUAACUGGUGCAGAGAACCAUUAGGAUAAUCCAGAUACCGGUAAAAUGCUGUUGUAUAUUUCCGGUGACCAGAACGCACACGCCUUUCCAACUUUACUUAAGCCAAUGGAUGGAUGCUAUCAGCCCCCCCCCCCCCCCCCCCUUUUCCCUUUCUGUGUCACAUGAAAGUAAAUGAGUGAUUGUUGUAGACCGGCGAAAUGGAAAGAAACGCAAGAGGUAAACAGAAGAGCUCUUUGUGCAGAGAUCCCAAUUCUUUUUUUUCUGUCCUUAGUUUCACUAGGACAUAGGGAAGAUCAUUUCAGCUGAAGGUAGACCUAUAAAAAAAAACACUGGCUCAGUAUACUUUUAAAAUUCAUCUUAUAAAUCAACUAGCAUGAUUUAAAAUUGUAUGAUUAACUGAACGUAUUUGCAGCCAAUUUUACGGCCCUACGUUACUUAACAAAAUAUGUAUUGUUGAUGAUAACAGAUCUCUAUUAGGUAAUUAGGGGAUUACAUCACUCACCCAUCAUAAUACUUACAUAACUUGCAACUUUCUGUGAGUUGUUGCCACUACCAAAUUAGUUUUUAUCAUUUGUUUAUUAUAAUUUACUUCAUCUAGUGAACAAAUGUUAAAAAAAUUUUUCAAGCCAUUUUUUUUUAUACUGAGGAGCCGAAAGUUACUGACAGUGAAAAAAAAGCCAAUAUGUAUUUCUAGCCAUCACUGCACCACAGGAUCUAGUGAGACAUAAAGCAACUACUGUGCUACCUAGGGGGUAGCUGACUUGUUUGUGGUCAGAGUACGGUAAAGGGGGGUACUGAGAAACCAUAUCAAACAAAUAAACAUACUACAUAUUUACCCAGACAUAAUGUAUCUUUUGUUUGACCGGGAAUUGCGUGAAGGUUAACCCAGAACCGAGAACCGACACAUCACUUUAUUUUUUUAAGUAUGUGUAUAAAUAUGUGAAGUUCGGUGUUUCUAUAACCAUACAUGAACCAAAGUUGUCACAAAAGUUUGUAUAUUUAGUUGUGUGUGUUGUUAUAAGUUUAUUUUGUCAAAACACUUAAUGUGUAAUUCUACGCUGUUUGUUGAUGCUUAGAGGCAGUAUAGUUAUUGUCACCUGAAUAGUAACAAUUUUGUUGUGACCAUUAUGAUAAUCCUUACAUCGAGCACAAAUAAUGGGGUUUCCUUUGCUGCGGAGUUGACCUGCAGACAGAAAACAUUUGUUUUUAAAUAGUUAAUAUAUUUAAUUAAUCAUUUCAUUGCAAUUACACAUUAUAGCACAGAGCUGACGAAGGUAGAGGCAGAGUUCGUUUGGAAACGUUUAUAAAUCUUAAGUUUACCAUGAUAGAAGGACGAAUUGACGUAUGUCUGAAUACUAAGUUUUGCAAUAUGCUCACAUCAAGUUAAUAGUUAUUGCCACAAUAUCUUUGAACAAACGAGUCCACCUGGUCAAAAUUUAGGGUAACAGACUGCAAGGACAGAGAAGAAGAAAAAAAGUGAGUGAAUCUUUCAGUACUUGUCAGUUAUGUGUAAACAUCUAUCUUCGGUAACGAGGAAAAUUUGUGUGUUCUCAUGUUGUUCAUGUCGCAAAUAAACUUAUUAUACAAAACUCGUACACAAAAUUUAACGUACAAUUAUUAAAAAAAAAAAUUCUGAACGUGAUACAAAAAGUAUUCAAUUUAGGAAAAAACCAGUAAAACUUUUUGCUCUUUUUAAAACCUAACCAUAAUUUUGUUUUAACAAGAUGCUGCUAUUGAUUUCUCAGGGCUAGCUGAACAUAUGAGUACUGAGGGCAUGCUGAAAAUAUGACAUCUCGCUUUCUAAACUGGAAUUAUCAUUGCCUUCAUUUUUGAGAUUAUACUUCUUUAGAGAUGUUGAGGGUGAAAUUUUAGUAUGCACCAGAAAUGCAAUGUAAUAAGCACACAUUACUCACUGAAAUUUAACAGGUUGAAAGUCCAAUGCACAUGCAGAAACUGUUAUAACCACGAGUUGAAGUCGUCAAGGCAGACCCAAGUAUGGCAACAUGCACCCGUGCAUGUUCUGGGAACAUGGAGGGAUGCACUAUGCUUAUUG